CUUCUGGGAUGCUGGCGGAAUGUGAGGCGGGGAUUGCGUUGACCCAGGUGUUGGUCCAGUGUUUGAGGGUCGUCUAAACCCGCCGUUAUCUCUUCACUAUAAUAACACAUCAGCUUUAACUGGCCUUUCACCUCGAGUCACAUUUCAGUCCGCGUUUAGUAUUUCUUAACGCCGUGUAGGCUGCGACAGGGAACGGAAGCGAACUAGUUUUGCCAUAUUUAUUUUUAGCGCUGGUUUACUCAUAGACACAAUGGGAACUCGAACCACGGUUGCUUUGAUAUUCCUAGCAGCAUUUGCAUUUGUUGCAGCCGAAGACACAGAGACCAAUGAAAGCGUGAUCGAGCAGUUGGUUGUGGAGACAUUGGUGAUGCCGGAGAUAUGCACGCUAACAUCAGUGAUGGGUGACACGCUUCACAUACAUUACACGGGUCGCUUGAUGGACGGGAAAGUGAUUGACACGUCUCUGUCACGUGAGCCUCUGGUGGUUGAGCUGGGCAAAAGAUCUGUGAUCACAGGACUUGAGGAAGCUUUGGUCGGGGUGUGUCAAGGACAAAAAAUCAAGGCCACGAUUCCGGCACAUCUAGCAUAUGGAAAGAGAGGAUAUCCUCCAACCAUCCCAGGUGACAGUCCACUCGAGUUUGAGGUGGAGGUGAUCUCUCUCUCUCAGGAAACGCCGUUUCAGAAAAUUGUGAAUGACGUCUUACCGCUGGUCUGUUUGGGGCUGGUUCCCACUCUGUUGGGUUUAGUGGGCAUCUACCUCUACAAGAAAGCUUAUGCUCAACCUCACGGCAAGAAGAAGAGCAAAGACAAGAAGAGCAAGAAGAAAUAAGAUCAAAGCCAAAGAAAUAAACUAUUUAAAUAAGAAAAACAA